AAAAAGAUGGAGAACGAAUGGAGGCAAAGAGAAGAACGAUUAAGGAAGGAGAGGGAAGUGUUGAUAUAUGUAUAUAGUUAAGUCCAUGUUUAGAGGUAUUACUCUUUGGUCUUUGUGUAUUCUCUUUUAAGUGUAUUUGAUUUCCGAUGCAGAAUAAAAGAUGUCGGCUCAUUAACUGCAGCCUAAAUGUAAUUCUGUCGAUGUUAAUUACAAUUUAUAAUAAAUAGUAUUGAAACUUCAAUUGUGUUUUUAUUUAAAACAUGAAACAUGGUGUCUUAUAAGUGGGAUACAAAUAAAUUCAAGUGCGUGAGUAAUAAAUUAACAUAAAAAUGUGUUAUAACAAUGAGUGAGUCGGAAGAUGAAAACGUGCUUCAACAAACUGAACAAAGGACUGUGUCUAGAAAAACUGAUAAUUUCACAAUGGUUCCAUGCAAUCUUCAGAAUUUUAAUUUCGAGGGCAAUUUAGCCGAAAAUUGGAAGCACUGGUAUCAGAAAUUUGAGAUUUAUCUCUUGGCUUCUAACCUAAAUUCUGAAAAUGACAAUAGGAAGGUUGCUCUACUACUACAUAAUUUGGGUGACAAAUGCAUAGACAUUUUCAAUUCGUUCAACCUCUCAUCCGAAGAUGCAAAAAAGUAUGACGUGGUGCAAUCUACUAUUUUUAAAACUAUUCUUGAUGAAGAGGAGCAUGCUCAGAGGAGAGAAGGAAUGAGGUAUGCCUAUCUUCAACAUGGAUCGGAGUUUGACCCUUAUCAGAUACAGAGUCCUCAGUUGGGUGCUCCAGGAAAUUUCCAAGCAAUCACAGGACCACUUCAUCAGUCACUUAGCACUUGGAAUAUAUUAUUGGGGUUGGAAGAAGCCCUGGACAACACGGCAGGUCAUCUAGAAAAAAUGAGCAAUAAGCUGAUUGGAAGUGUUCAGUCACCACCAAGAAUUGGACCAAGCCAACGCUCAGCGGCAGACAUUCUAUCUAUAUCUCCUCCUCGUCCACCCACUUCGGAUAUGAUGCUGACUCCUCCAGUAGAUCAGUAUAACAGGGUUGACCAACAUGACGGAAUGGAGUUGACCCCGGCAGUCAGUUCUACUUCCCUGCAGACGACAAUGCUGUCAGAGCACCAAGAUCUUCUUCAACGUGUCAAAAAUAUUGUAGAAGAAGCAUCUUGGAAACUCAACAUUGCACCCUCAGCAACUCCCCAUCCCCUGUCGUACGGAUUCUCAUCCCAGCGAAGACAACCCUUAGCCACUCUCUACCAUGAUUCUUCGCCUGGUCCUGCCAAAGCGGCAUUUGAUCCUCAUCAGCAGAGUGGGGCGACAGCUACCUCAGCACCUCCUCUCACUCAGGAUGACCCUCGGUUGCUCUUCAGAUCUCGCGUUACAUCCAGGAGUCCUUUGUCAACCAGAGCGACUUCCCCCUCCAUUCCUUCCCAAAGACCAGCUUCUCCUGCGUCACUUGAGAGGCCUGCUCAGGAAUCAGUUGAGGCAGCUAAUACAGCUGGAAAAAUAAAAGGAACGCAAGCAGAAAUGGAAGCAAUGGGGUUUUAUGGACGCAGCAGAGAAGACAUGCAACAUGAAUUCAACUUUGUUGAUCAAUUUAUUAGUCCGUACAAACAAUCACCUCCACAGGUUGUCCAGCGACCAUUACAAGGACAUUUCCCAGGACUUCUUAAGAACCAAAAGGCUCCUGCAGCCCGUAGAAAAAAACGAGUGAUGUUGAAACGAAGAGUGAUCAAAAUAGCCAUUCCUCCGAGACCUGACGAUAAUGCGGAAGAAUUUCCAUUCACGUACACACAACAAGACCCAGAGUACAGUGUGAGACAGGGGGAGCUACUACCUCCCCGUAGGCUGACCCCAUCACCAGUUAACUCGUGUUAUGAAGAAGGCUAUGUGCGCAGCGUCCAUCAGAUGCAGACUCGCCGGGACUUAGAGACAGACUGGGACCGACGCCAAGAAGCUGUUCCGAGCAGGGAGUACAAGGAGGAUAGAGAAAAAGCGUUUGGAAGGCCUCUACCUAAGUCUUUUACUACUGGAAAACUGAAAAAAAAUAAUUCCCAACAAGGUGUACCAGUACGUGAUUCCUCGAAACUGCGGACUACUCCAAGUACAUCAUCUGCUGCAAGUGGACAUCCUCCGACUCCAAACAGGAGGACUGGCCUGAGGGUGCCCUCUGGUCGGAGUGGUAGUGCACCCCAGGGGCAUGUAAGCAGGUCUGGAGGUCGACCCACUCGGGGUGAGUCUGCAAGUCCUAAACUGCAUGGAGGGGAGAGAAACACUAGUAUAAGUCCCAUCAGGGGAAUACCUUUGACUGAUAGGCUUGAAAUGGCAGUAUCGGAAGCAACUGAGAUAUUAGAAUCGCCCCAAGCGAGAGUUUUAGAAAGUCCAAAACGUGUUCCUGAUUUUGUAGAUCCACACAACCCAGUGCUUUUUUCACCUAAAGGCAUUGAUUAUUCUCAAGGAGUAGUUGACAGAUUACCGCACAACAUGGAUAACAUUGAAGAUCAGUCUGACAAUCCUAUAGAGUUGGUGCGGCAAGGGUUUAAUCGGGUCCGUCAGCGACUGGAGAAUUUGCAAGAUCUUGCCAUUAAAAAGGCUAAGCAGGAGAUGAGGAGUCCUUGAAAGUUAAUAAGGGAUGAAUUGUGUGAACUGUACAUGGUUGAAAAAUGUAAACCUUUAAAUCCUAAAGGACCCAGUGUGGCAACAGCAAAUGCAAGCCCACAAAGCGCAGGGAAAUGAUUUUGUAUUGCUGUACUCUUUAUUUUGGCGUUAAAGACAAAUUACAAUACCA